UAUAUGUAUUGUAUCAAAAAAUUUGAAAAAAUGCUGCUUGAUUCAUUUUAGAAUCGAAAGUCAACUCACAAAAUAGCAGCAAAAUAGCGAAAUAAUAUGAGAUAUUUGUUUUCUUUCAAGCUGUGUGAAUUUCAAAAUAUCUGAACCAAUGAGCACUCAAAAAAUAGAGGGGUAGCCUGGUAAGCUGUAUCGGCGUAGUAACCACUCUUCAAAGAGUUGUUUUUGAAUGGCAUGUUUCAGUAUACUGAGCGGAGGUCCAUAGUAGUAUAUUUAUUUCAUGCAAGACAAGUAGAGCUAUCUGAUGGGCAAUUUAAACAUCUCUCAAUCAGCAUGCCGGAAGAAACCCAAACCCUCUCCCACAUCCCCAUAUUCCCAAUCCUGUUGGCCACCUUAGCCUGCUUCGUCUACGCCUACUUCAAGCGGGCCUACAGCUACUGGAAAUCCAUGGGCGUCCCGCAACUGAACCCCACUUUCCCCUUCGGCGACAUGGCCUCGGUCAUCUUCCGAAGACAGAACAUGGGCGACAAGAUCAAAGAGAUCUACGACAGGAUGAAGGGGCGGCCGUACGUGGGGCUGUAUUUCUUCAGCAGGAAGGCGUUCCUGCCGCUCGAUCCGGUCCUGAUCAAGGACGUGCUCGGGAAGGAUUUCCAGCAUUUUUAUGACAGAGGGAUCUACUAUGACGAGGAGAACGAUCCACUAAGUGCGCAUCUUUUUUCUAUAGCCGGUCCGAAAUGGAAAAACCUUCGAGCCAAACUGACCCCCGCCUAUUCUCCGGGAAAACUGAAAUACAUGCUCGACACUAUCGUACAAUGCGGCCACGAAAUGACGGCCAUCUUGAAGGAGAUGGCCGCGGCGAGCGAGGGCGACGUGGAAAUCAAAGAGAUCCUCGCCAGAUACACCACCGACGUCAUCGGCUGCUGCGCCUUCGGCUUGGAGUGCAACUGCAUGAGAGACCCGAACGCCGAAUUCCGGUUGAUGGGCAAGAGGGCUUUCACGCAGACCGUCGGAGACGUCCUGAAGAUGGUCAUCAUCAGAAGUUUUCCAUCGUUGGCAAAGUUACUUAAAAUUGGUGUAUUCUCUAGAGAUGUGACGAAUUUUUUCAACAGGGUCGUGAAAGAAACAAUUGAACAUCGAGAAAAUAAUAAUAUCAGCAGGCCCGACUUUCUGCAACUUCUUAUUCAGUUGAGGAGAAACGGAAAUAUCGAUGAAGAAGAUACCAGUGAAGGAAGGAAGCAAGAUCCUGGUACGGCCCUGACGAUGGAAGAAGCUGCUGCGCAAGCCUUCAUCUUCUUCCUAGCAGGUUUCGAGACCACAUCUACCACCAUCAGUUUCGCGUUAUACGAAAUGUCUUUGAAUGCGGAAAUCCAGGAGAAGGCUAGACGAGAAGUGGAAGAACUAAUAAAAUCACAUGGCGCUUUGACCUACGAAUGCCUCAUGGAAAUGAAGUACUUAGAAACAGUAAUAUUUGAGACCAUGAGAAAAUAUCCGCCGGCGCCAGUUUUCCUAAGAAAAUGCACGAAAACUUACCGGAUUCCCGAUUCGAACGUGAUAAUAAAGGAAGGCCAGUCUGUACUGAUUCCAUGUUACGGUCUCCACAGGGAUCCAGAAUUCUUUCCAGAACCAGAAUUGUUCGAUCCAAAUCGUUUCAAUGAGGAAAACAAAGGAAAGAUUUGGGACUACACUUAUAUGCCAUUUGGAGAUGGCCCAAGAAAUUGCAUAGGGAUGAGAUUUGCCAUGAUCCAAGCGAAGAUUGCACUUUCAUUAACCUUGAAAAACUUCAAAUUCACUUUGAGCAAGAAGACGAUACUACCGCUCAAAAUGGAAACAAAAGGAAUCAUUCUAACACCUAUAGGAGGACUAUGGCUUGAUUUGAAGACAAUAUGAGUUGAAAAAUGUUAGUGUGAAUUGAGGAUGGGAUUAUAAGACCAUUAUAGUCUAUAAUGAAGUAUGUAAUACUAGUUGUGAA